UUUUAUACUUCAUUUCAUUCAUUCGUCUGAAGACAUUUCUAAUGAGCGCACGUGUGUUUUAAAAAUGUUGUUAUUAAUAUUUUUAAGUGCCGUUUUAGCGGUAACCAGUGGUCAGAGGACGUUAAGUGUUAAUACCACAGAAGGUGUGGUAGUGGGAUAUGGAGAAGAAUACUUUGAAUUUUACGGUCUGAGGUAUGGUGGACCUGUGUCAGGAGUAAACAGGUUUAAGGCUCCAACACCAGCCACGGCCUAGCCGUCAGAGUUUCACGCAAUAGACAAAAACAUUCGGUGUCUUCAAGAAACUGCAUCAGGCCAUGUUGGGAGAGAAGACUGCCUGUACCUCAAUAUCUUUACCAAAAAUGCCACAUUUCCUAAGCCUGUAUUCGUAUGGCUCGAAGGCGAAGGAUACCUAUCAUCAGGAAUGACACCUUCCUUCAAACAACUAGUAACUAGAGACGUUGUAAUUGUAGCACUGAAUUACAGAGUAUCAAUAUUUGGCUUCUUAUGUCUAGGAGUACCAGAAGCGCCAGGAAACGCUGGCCUUAAAGAUAUCGUACUUGGACUGAAUUGGAUCAAAAAUAAUAUUGCUGCAUUCGGUGGAGACCCGAACAAUGUUGUUCUUUUAGGUCACGGAUCGGGCGCUGCAAUAGUAGAUUUAUUGACUUUGUCUCCAUUAACUAAUGGAUUGAUACAUAAAGCUAUUGUCCUUAGUGGAUCAGCAUUAGCGCCGUGGGCUGUAGCUUAUGACCCCAUUGGCUAUGCUCAAAUCGUCGGAGCUAAACUUGCAUAUAAUGGAAAAAGCCCAGUUGAACUCGCUCGAGCUCUAAUUAACACAGACAAUGACGUAUUGAUAUCUGCAUUAGAAGCCCAAUUUACCAACAACUCUGUGCUGUUUGCACCGUGCAUUGAAAACAAGCAUCUGAACGGUUCAUUCUUAACAGAUGCUCCAAUUAAUAUAUUACGCUCAGGCAACUACAGUCAAAUACCAUAUCUUAUUGGUUAUACGGAUCGAGAAGGUACCAUAAGGGCAGCUGAAGCAGAUAACUGGAAGAAAGCGAUGAUAGAAAAUUUCACACAAUUCCUUGGAGUUGAUUUAGCGUUCGACACUGAUGCUAUUAAAAGGAACGUUUCUGCAUCAAUCUUUAACUUUUACAAUGGUAAUAACACAGAAAUGGACAUCGAAGAUUACUUAGAUUACCACGGAGACACUUCCGUAUUAGUUCCUGUUAUAAGAGGUGUUUUAGAAAGAGCGUCCACUUCGACAUCUAGAGUAUUUCUCUUCGAGUUUGCGUACAGAGGAUCUACGAAUAAUGAUUGGACAUAUCCAGCAAUUCCUCUUAAUGGUGUGAAGCACGGUGGAAUCCUGGAUUAUCUGUUUGAAACAAAUUUGACCGAACAAGGAGUCCAGGCUAUGAGGACAUUCAUCAGGCGCUUGGUGGUGUUUGCUAAUGCUGCCGUACCGAAUUUUGCGGUGCCCAGAGACGACGUUACCCAAUGGCUUCCAUUUUCCCCAUCAUCACAGAACUACUUCUACUUCGGAGGUUCACCAGGCCACCCCAUGGUCGAAGAGUCGAAGACUAACCCCCACACCCAAAGGAUGACAUUCUGGAAUCAACUCUAUUCCAAAUAUUAUAAGGCACCAGUUCCAGUGUCUUCCGCAUCAAAAGCAGCAGGAAUAAGUCUGCUUGUGAUAAUGUGCCAAAUUUUAGCAUUUUAAAAAGUUAAGUUUUUUUAUCUGUGUUAAUUUGUAACAUUAAUUUGAUGGUAUUCUUCGCUUUUUAAUUUCAAAAUUUAAAAAACACGUUCUAUUUUUAUUUGUCAAAUACGUCAAAUAUGUACAAAACUUAACUAGUGAAUUAAUUUGUUUUUAAUUUUUAGAAGUACAAUAAUUAUUGUGUGCCAAUAAAAUCGCUAUCAGCCUGUUUUACUAUACUAUGAAAUUGACACUAGUUAUGUAAAUUAAGAUUAAGAUAAGUUUAAUAGUUUUACGUAAACUUGUUAACGAAUUAAAGUGUGUUAAAUGUAUAAGAUAGUAUUACCUACUUAAAUUCAUUGACAUUUUAUGAUAUUAAGAAUAAUAUAUUGUGAAAAAAUCAAUAGUUUUCUUUUGAAUGUUGAUUAAUUAAUUAUAUUCAUUGUCGUUGAUACAUGUAAGUAGUUCUACCAUUCUUUGUAAGUUGAGAUACCUACAUUAGGAACCUCAGGCCCCUUUUUAUUAUUAUUUCUUACUAUUUUCACAAAAAAUAUUCAAUUGCUUAUAGGUAGAGUUUAAAGAGGAUUAUAUGCAUACGUGCUACCCGUGCAAAGACGGGGCGAGUCGCUAGUUCUUAAAAAAAUGUAUGUUCUUUUAUUAUUAAAAACUGUCUUCAUUAA